CACAAAAUGGAGCCUACCUUUCGGCGAGCGGCUUCUAGCCUUUGCGGGCGCUGCUCUGCUACUCUUCGGAGGCAAUUGGCCACCGGGAGCCAGGCGAAGCCAUGGAUGAGGAUAUCAGCCCAUCACAUCCGAAGCGUCCAUUCGACGACCAAGGACCCGAAGCGACCUACACCUGCUCAAAGGGACUUUUCGACUACGGCAAAGAAUCAAUCCGAAGCUGCAGCUGCGAGCAAAAGCCCGGAACCUCCAGUGCGCCUCAGCGAGAAUGACCUAUUCCACCCAUUCUCCAAGUCUCCCGUCCCGGAGUUCCGACGUCGAGCGGCCUUCAUGCGACAGCAUGCCUACUGCCCACACCCCGAUCACCAGCAAACGAAGGUUCCGACUAUCGCCCCCCAGCAAGAAGAUGCCAAGCCCCAAGGCGGCACCCAGGCACCGGCCCAUGUCAACUUUGACUGCCCUGACUGUGGACUUCCCGUUUACUGCUGCGAGGAACAUUGGAUGGACGAUUACGAGAAGCAUCUUGAAAUUUGCGAUACACUUCGACAGAUCAACGAAGAUGAUCAUGACUUGCGUUCUGGCCGAAUUUUCCAUGAAGCAAACCUUCCGGACCUGCAAAUGGAGGACGCCGCUAUCAACAUGACAAACUGGGAUACUUUCAUGUACACCAGAGAGUUUGAUGCAGUCAACUCGGAUCGUUCGAUGAGACAGAUUACCCGUCUCUUGACAUACCCUGUGACGAUUGGUAGUGUUCUUCACGAGCUUAGCCCGUAUAGCAUGAAGAAGGGGGAACGAUUGACAGCAGAGGGAUUGAAGAGUUUCAGCGCCUUGCGGUACAACCUGCACCCCCCCAAGUCUGGUCGAGGUUAUGGCGUCAACCAGCUCCGGCCUGAGCCCCCACCUGUGAGACUUUUCAUCCUGGGAGCUCGUGCUGAGUCGUCUCUGCCGCGACCUGCUUGGGUGCAGUUGGCACACAUGUUCCCCGAGGCCCGACUUCACCUCAUCUUUGUUGGACCAGAGAGUAUGGCCAACCGUGAUGAUGAGUUUCCACUGCCGGAACGCACUCCAUCGAACCCCUUUGGAGCGGUGGUGGAAGAUCGUGUCUGGUACAAGAUGAAGAUUAGCACGAUCGUGGAUUACUACCACACCCUCCACAAGACCCAGCACUUUGCGCCUUACGAUCCCUACUUUGAUUGCUUUGUGCUCUUCCACCCUGGUCUGGGUCACCCUGCCAGCAGUCACGAGUGGGAGGAGACGCUUCCUCUGCUUCUCGAGACCAAGGUUCCUAUCAUCAGCACUGGAUAUACCCAGUUUGAUAUGGAGCGGGAUGUGGAAUGGGUGAACAAGAAGUCGAAGGGAGAGUUUGAUAUUCUUCUUCAGCCCGGCGAGAACGUCUUCCGAAGUCUUCGAUGGGAUCUGAAUGACAUGGAUCCCCAGGAUAUCAGCUGUGGUAACUGGGGUGUUUGGGCUUUCCGUGGCAAGAGGUAUGCUGCCCAGCCGAUCGUCCCGGUCAUGACCGCCGCUUCUCCCGUGGCCGCGGCCACUCCUCCUGUCCGCCCUCCGGCCCCACGUCCCAAGACCGUCGCCUUCGAGGGGGAUGCGCCGUCUUCUGCUACCUCACGCCGGCCGAACCGCUCGAGCUCAUCCGAUCCGCUGUCUGACCGAGCGACAUCUCUUCUGAUACGUCGCACGCUGUGCUCACCGCAGCUUGGGGACAAGAGCCGAGAUACGCAGGUGCCCAUCGAGGAGCUGCUCCCGCCUCUGACCAGCCGCAACGAUGUCGAUCUUCAACUAUACGCAUUCCUUGCCAUUAUUAUGAGAGAGUUUGUCCAGAGCUGGUAUAGCAAAAUCACCUCGGACGAGAACUUUGUGUCAGAGAUUUUACACAUCAUCGCCCACUGCUCACGGGCGUUGGAGCAACGGUUUAGGAAGGUUGAUCUGGAGAGUCUUCUACUAGACGAGAUACCUGACUUGCUGGACAAGCACAUCACUGUUUACCGUACUGCACAUAAUGCUGUAUCGAGGCCGCCUGUAGAGGUGGACCCUCGAGAGGCGUAUCAUGCUCUAUGCCCUCUUCCACACCUUGCGCCCGUUCCUCGUUCAGAUGACCCGGACAUAGGAUCAGAUCAGAAGGUGAACGAGGCGCUCUACCGUCAGCUGCUCGUUCAGGGCGUGUUGGCCAUCCUGCUACCAACCGAGGACCUGGAGAAUCCUUGUCUCACAGCCCUCGUCGAGCAGAUCUUUUCCGAGCUCAUCAUUGGCAAUGUCAUUGCCAAUAAAACCUCUCAGCCGUGGCUGUUAUACGAGGGAAUCUGCAUCUCAGCCAGGGUGAUACGAGAGAGGAAGGAAAAAGGGGCCAUGUCAGAGAGUUCAGGUGAAUCUCUGGAGCCUCAACUCGAGGUCAAGGGCGGUCGUGCGUGGUCUGUACGCUCCAUGUUCCUGGGCGUGAUUCAACUAGGUAUGCUGGUCGUGGGAUCGCUUCGUUUCAUCACCACGGCUCUUGUUAUGGCGUCGUCUCUUCCCGCUAGAACCACUCCCUUGGAAGAAAGGGACGAUAUGAUGGAUCACGACAAGUCGGCCGCUUCCAUCUCAUGCUCCAACCCGAGGUCAUCCGACACGGCCAAAGCCCCUAUCCUAUCGUGUCGAAUCUGGACCUGUCUUGGGAACCUGCUCGAGUUGAGCAUGCGCAUGCCUUGGCUUGCCGGGUUUCUGUCGCUUCUCCAGUACGGCGCGAUUAACGGACCUGGACGAAUAGCUGGUCACGAUGGGCCUGUUGACAGGUAA